AUGACUGCAACUUGGGUGGCACAGCGACUCUAUGAAGACGGGAUUAUUACAGAAGACAUGAGAGAAACCAUAAGCUCACAGAGAACUAACAACGAACAAAAUAGAAAAUUGAUAAGCAUCAUUUUACGGAGAGGACCCAAAGCUUUCACAGGUUUGCGCAAGGCACUUAUGAAAUCGGGGCAUCUUAAUUUAUCAAAACUCCUACUGAAUGAUUAUGACGACAGCACAUUGACAGAAUACGAAAAGAAGUUAGCUUCAGCUCGAUCACUAAUAAUUGAUGUCAAAAAAGGAACAAACACUCCGCAUCAAAGAAAAGAGCAAACAGAAACAAGAUGUAAAAUAAAUUUGGAUGAAAAAAAUGACGUUUUCCUGACAGCCACAGUUUACAGAGGUGAUAUUAUUAUCCAUUUACGUCAUUUCAUAGAGAAUAAUGGAGGAAUGUUCCCAUCAAAAAGAGGAGCCACGUUUAACCUAGGGCGCUGGGUGAAAUUUGAAUCAUUAAUUGAGGAGAUUGACACCUAUCUCCAAACUUACUGGAGACAGUCUGCGGAAAUACAAUGGCAUAUUGGAGGAGGUGUAUUUGUUUCCUUAACACCAAAGUUUGCUACAGUUGAUGUAAGACAUUAUUGGAAACCAGAGAGCGUUGAAAGUCCAAUACCUACCAAGAAAGGAGUAUGUCUUAACAAGACAAUGUUUGCUCGAUUAAAAGCUGCUUUACAAGAGCUUCAUGAUUAUGUCCCUGAACUAAACAAUGUAGAACUUUGUAUGUUUAGUGAAUCCCAUCAGAACCAAGAGGGAAUGCUUUCAUGCCCAGAAUGCACCCCCUUUCCAAAAGAAUCGAAAUCUCUUUCAAUGGAAUGUAACGCAGACGAUUCUGAACAGGAGAUAUCAUCCCUCAAUAUUGAUGACAACGACUCUGAAAAAGAGGACAUUUGCAUUGGAUUUGACUUUUGA